AUGGCCUUGUUUUCGUUGGGUUAUUUUGAAAUUUUCCUAGCAAUUAUAUGCUUCUUUUAUCUUAGAAAUUUAAGAAGCUUCAAAAGACUUGCAUGGAAAUUGCCAAUUCUAGGCACAUUUCCUUAUCUGAUUAUGAAUAUUCAUCGAAUUCAUGAUAAGUGUGCUGAGGUUUUGGAGAAGACCAGGGGCACUUACCACCUUAAGGGGCCUUCUUUUGCAAAUAUGGACAUUCUGGGCACUGUUGAUCCAGCAAAUGUGCACUAUAUAAUGAGUUCAAAUUUCGUGAAUUUCCCAAAAGGGCCGGAAUUCAAGAAAAUAUUUGAGGUUUUGGGAGAUGGGAUAUUCAAUUCUGACUUGGAUUUGUGGAAAUGCCAGAGGAAACUUGCUAGAGCUCUACUUAAUCAUCAAAGUUUCCACAAGUUCUUGGUCAGCACUAGCUGGAACAAAGUGGAAAAAGGGCUUAUUCCCAUUCUUGAUUAUGUUGCUAAACAAGGCCUAAUGGUGGAUUUACAAGAUGUAUUCCAGAGAUUAACCUUUGAUACAACUUGUACAUUUGUCACAGGCUAUGAUCCUGGAUGUCUUUCUGUCGAUUUCCCGGGUGUUCCAUUCUCCAAGGCCAUGGAUGAGGUUGAAGAAGCAAUAUUUAUGAGACAUAUUUUGCCUGAAAUUGUUCUGAAAUUGGAAAGGUGGCUAGGAAUAGGACAAGAAAAGAAACUGAGCAAAUCUUGGAAAAUCCUAGAUGAAGUCAUCUGUAAGUACAUCUCAGUGAAGCAAGAAGAGCUGAAAAAAGGAACAAAGUCCACAAAUGAUGAAGAGGGCUUUGAUCUUUUGACAUCAUAUAUCAAUCUAGGUGAUAAUGAUAUCACCACAGGAUUGAAGAGGGAUGACAAGUUCUUGAGAGAUACCAUUAUAAACUUUAUGAUUGCUGGAAGAGACACAACUAGUUCAGCAUUAACUUGGUUUAUUUGGCUUGUUUCAACUCAUCCUACAGUGUUGAAUAAGAUCAGGGAAGAAUUGAAAUCAGUCAUUCAGGUUAACGAAGAAGCCGAAAAUUUUAGGCUGUUCAAAGUGGAUGAACUGAAGAAUCUUGUUUAUAUUCAUGCUGCAUUAUGUGAAUCAAUGAGGCUAUAUCCACCUGUUCCAUUCCAGCAUAAGUUUCCUCUUCAACCAGACACACUUCCAAGUGGUCAUCGAGUUCAUCCAAAAAUAAAGGUAAUAUUUUCUCUGUACGCCAUGGGGAGGAUGAAGUUUAUAUGGGGCAAAGAUUCAUGGGAAUUCAAGCCAGAGAGAUGGAUUUCUGAGAGGGGAACAAUCAAACAUGAGCCCUCCUACAAGUUCUUGGCUUUCAACGCUGGACCGCGAACUUGUCUGGGGAAAGAAGUGGCAUUUACUCAGAUGAAAGCUGUUGCUGCUGCCAUGAUCCAUAACUACAACGUUGAAAUGGUGGAAGGUCAUCCUGUGGUGCCUAAUCUUUCUGUCAUUCUUUACAUGAAGCAUGGCCUCAAAGUUAGGGUUAGCAAGAGAUGGGCUUAA